AUGGCUGAUCCUACAAGCGGAACUGCCACUCCCGACCAUGAUGGUCCCCACCACCAUGAGCACUCCGUCCAUACUCGGCUGAGGGCAAACUCCACGAUCAUGCAAUUGAAGAAGAUCCUCGUAGCCAACCGAGGCGAGAUCCCUAUCCGCAUAUUCAGAACCGCCCACGAGCUCUCUCUCCAGACCGUAGCUGUCUUCAGCUACGAGGACAGACUCGGCAUGCACAGACAAAAGGCGGAUGAAGCAUACAUGAUCGGCCAGCGAGGCCAGUACACUCCUGUAGCUGCCUAUCUGGCUGGUGACGAGAUCAUCAGAAUCGCUUUGGCACAUGACGUUCAGAUGAUCCAUCCUGGCUACGGCUUCUUGUCUGAGAACUCCGAGUUUGCACGAAAAGUCGAGGAAGCUGGAAUCAUCUUCGUCGGCCCCUCCUACCAAGUCAUCGAAUCUCUUGGAGACAAGGUUUCCGCAAGACGCCUCGCCAUCAAGUGCGAUGUUCCAGUCGUCCCGGGUACCGAGGGACCAGUCGCCAGAUAUGAGGAAGUCAAGGAGUUUACUGACAAGUAUGGCUUUCCCAUCAUCAUCAAAGCCGCCUUUGGCGGUGGUGGCCGUGGUAUGAGAGUUGUUAGAGAGCAAGAGAGCCUCAAAGACUCCUUCGAGCGAGCUACCUCCGAAGCCAAGUCUGCCUUUGGGAACGGAACCGUCUUUGUUGAGCGUUUCCUCGACAAGCCCAAGCAUAUUGAAGUUCAGCUUUUGGGUGAUAACCAUGGCAACGUCGUCCAUCUGUACGAGCGAGACUGCAGUGUUCAGCGACGACAUCAGAAGGUCGUGGAACUCGCACCGGCCAAGGACCUUCCUUCCGACGUCAGAGAUGCUAUUCUGAACGACGCUGUCAGACUGGCCAAGUCAGUCAACUACCGCAACGCAGGGACGGCUGAGUUCUUAGUCGACCAGCAAAACAGAUACUACUUCAUCGAAAUCAACCCUCGAAUUCAAGUCGAGCACACCAUUACUGAAGAGAUCACUGGAAUCGAUAUUGUUGCUGCUCAGAUUCAGAUUGCUGCUGGUGCCACCUUGGAGCAAUUGGGUCUGACUCAGGACCGAAUCUCUACACGUGGCUUCGCCAUUCAGUGCCGUAUCACGACCGAAGAUCCUGCCAAUGGAUUUUCGCCAGACACCGGAAAAAUUGAAGUCUAUCGAUCCGCUGGAGGCAACGGGGUUCGUCUUGACGGUGGCAAUGGCUUCGCUGGUGCAAUCAUUACUCCCCAUUAUGAUUCCAUGUUGGUCAAGUGUACAUGCCAUGGCUCAACCUACGAAAUCGUGCGCCGGAAGAUGUUGCGAGCCUUGGUCGAGUUCCGCAUCCGUGGCGUCAAAACCAAUAUCCCUUUCUUGGCAUCUCUGCUGACCCAUCCAACCUUUAUUGAAGGCACGUGCUGGACCACUUUUAUCGAUGAUACCCCAGAGCUGUUCCGACUCAUCGGCAGUCAAAACCGAGCACAAAAAUUGCUUCAGUAUCUUGGUGAUCUGGCAGUCAAUGGCAGUAGCAUCAAAGGCCAGAUCGGCGAGUCCAAAUUCAAGGGCGACAUCAUUUAUCCGACACUGCAUGACGACCAGGGCAAGGCCAUUGAUGUAUCAGUCCCUCCCUCAACAGGAUGGAAGUACAUUCUGGACAAAGAAGGUCCAGAAGGCUUCGCCAAAGCAGUUCGUGCGAACAAGGGUGUACUCAUUAUGGACACAACCUGGCGUGAUGCCCACCAGUCACUCCUUGCUACCCGCGUCCGAACAGUCGACUUGUGCAACAUUGCUAAAGAGACAAGUCAUGCAUUGGCUAACGCAUUCUCCUUGGAGUGCUGGGGAGGUGCCACGUUCGACGUCGCUAUGCGCUUCUUGUACGAGGAUCCAUUUGAUCGCCUCCGUAAAAUGAGAAAACUGGUUCCGAAUAUCCCGUUCCAGAUGCUUCUACGAGGUGCCAAUGGCGUCGCCUACAAAUCACUUCCAGAUAAUGCCAUCUACCACUUUUGCAAACAAGCCAAGAAGAAUGGUAUGGAUAUCUUCAGAGUUUUCGACGCUCUCAAUGACAUUGACCAACUCGAGGUUGGCAUGAGAGCUGUCCAAGAAGCCGGAGGUGUCGUUGAGGGUACCGUGUGCUAUUCAGGAGACAGUAAGAACCCCAAAAAGAAGUAUAAUCUGGAGUACUAUCUCGACCUCGUCGACAAGAUUGUGAAGAUUGGUACGCAUACCUUGGGUAUCAAAGAUAUGGCGGGCACGAUGAAGCCAAAAGCAGCGAGGCUAUUGAUCGGCAGUAUUCGCAAGAAGUAUCCAGACUUGCCAAUUCACGUCCACUGCCAUGACAGCGCAGGAACUGGCGUCGCAUCAAUGGUCGCUUGUGCUGAGGCAGGAGCAGACGCUGUAGAUGCUGCGACCGAUAGCAUGUCCGGCAUGACUUCUCAACCCAGCAUUGGUGCCAUUCUUGCUUCUCUCGAAGGCUCUGACUACGACCCAGGCUUGAACAGGGCCAAUGUUCGCGCACUCGAUCAGUACUGGUCACAGCUUCGGUUGCUGUACUCUCCAUUUGAGGCCGGAUUAACAGGACCUGACCCUGAUGUGUACAACCACGAGAUACCCGGCGGACAGCUCACCAACUUGAUCUUCCAGGCGUCUCAACUCGGCCUUGGGGCCCAGUGGCUCGAGACAAAGAAGGCAUACGAACAAGCCAACCUCCUCUUGGGAGAUGUCGUCAAAGUAACACCAACUUCCAAAGUUGUGGGCGAUCUUGCACAAUUCAUGGUUUCCAACAAACUAUCCUACGAUGACGUGAAUGCAAAAGCAGCAGAGCUUGAUUUCCCUGAAUCAGUCCUGGAAUUCUUCGAAGGCUACAUGGGGCAGCCUUACGGUGGGUUCCCGGAACCUCUCCGCACCAAUGCAUUGAGAGGGCGCAGGAAGAUGGAUAAGAGACCUGGGCUCUAUCUCGACCCUAUUGAUUUCCCAGCAAUCAGGAAGGAACUCAAAGAGAAAUUCGAUACAACCUCGGAGUCGGAUGUGGCCAGCUAUGUCAUGUACAGUAAGGUAUUCGCCGACUACUUCGAGUUCAAAAAGAAGUACGGUGACCUGUCUGUAUUGCCAACAAAAUACUUCUUGAACAAACCCGAAAUUGGUGAGGAAUUCCACGUUGAAUUGGAAAAGGGCAAGGUUCUUAUCUUGAAGAUGUUGGCUAUCGGGCCUCUCUCAGAUGCUACCGGCCAACGAGAAGUCUUCUACGAGAUGAACGGUGAAGUCCGACAGGUUACUAUCGACGACAACAAAGCAGCAGUCGAGAAUACUAGUCGACCAAAGGCUGAUCCGAGUGACAGCAGUCAGGUCGGGGCUCCCAUGGCAGGUGUGGUAGUCGAGGUUAGAGCCACGCAAGGCCAUGAAAUCAAGAAGGGAGACCCAAUUGCUGUGCUUAGUGCCAUGAAGAUGGAGAUGGUUAUCAGCGCUCCACAUUCGGGCAAGGUCGGUGAAAUUCUAGUCAAGGAAGGAGACUCUGUUGCUGGCUCAGACUUGGUUUGCAAAAUUGCCAAAGCAUGA